AUGGCAAGCUUCCCAGAUUCUGUAAAAGAAAAUGAAAUAGGUAAGUUGAGAUCCUUUUCACUAUCUUGCUCUGUUGUGUUGUUUGGGGAGGGGUUGCAAACGUGUGAAUAUUUAGCUAGCUAGUUAAGAUGUAUUGCCUAGCUAGCUACUAUUUUACACCUUUUAUCUGUCGAUGACGCCAUAAGUAGUCUUACUUUAUUUAUUUUCGAUUGUAGGGUCAAGUCGUUUCUUCCAUAACCUAUAUCCUAUUAACCAGACUAGAAACACACUAACCGUCUGCCCAUAUUCACCCUGCCCCCACCGUUUAUACUCAGUCAGUGGCCCCACACCAAAGACAGUAUGGUAGAAACUCUGCACACACACAGCGCGAGCAGUCGGCACACUUUGUUUUCCAUGUCCUUCUGUGGUGGUUUCUGCAGUAUGACUCAUUCCUCACUAGUCGGGGGAGCGCACUGAUAUCUCACGUACGCUAGCUGUUUUAUAAAACGGGUGUUUUGUUGCAUCACCUCAGUUGCGUAAUAAAUCAAAGUGAUAUAUGAUGUCUCAUUUACUUGGCCAACCAUAUGUUUAUGGUACCCAGUUAAAAUACGUUAUUUGGGCUGAACAUUUGUAAUCCUUCUACCCCCCCUACCCCACCCCCACAAAAUAUAUAUAUAAAAAUAUAUAAAAAUAAUAAUAAUAAUAAAAAAAAAAAAAGUAAAGUGGUUAUCCCACUAGCUAUCAUAAGGUGAUUGCACCAAUUUGUAAGUAGCUCUGGAUAAGAGCGUCUGCUAAAUGACGGAAAUGUAUGUCAAAUAACAAAACAGUCUUGACUCUAAGAAUCUCUCAGUAAAAAUAAUUUUAAGCAUCAGUUCUGACAUUGAACCUUUAUAUACAGCUACACCAGAGGUCAGUUUAACCUGGUGGAACCAGCCUGAUCUGUGUCAAUGAAUGCAGACACCAGGCUGGUGAAAUAGAAUGAGGAACGCAGUGAUAAGGCUGGUUCCACCAGGCUAAGGUCAGUUGGGCCCGAAGCAUCUUUUCUACACUGUCAUUGAGAUGUUGCUCACAAGCACCAUGUCAUUGUGUUAUUUGUGCUAUCAAUCCCUGACUGUUCUCUUGUUUCUGUUUCCAGGUAAGGCUAAGUUCAUCGGUGAACUCUUAGUGCCUGUUGCUCCCUUCGACCAGAAGUCCGGGCGAGAGACCUGGACUGUAGCCUUUGCACCUGAUGGUUCCUACUUCGCUUGGUCUCAAGGGCAUCGCAUCGUGAGGCUUGUUCCCUGGUCAAAAUGCCUGAAGAAUUUGUAAGUACCUGUACUAGGUCUAACCACAUUCUUAGUCAGUACUCCGCUUGUACAAUUGUGAUCAGAAAGUAAAAGGUUAGGCCCUACUUCAAAGGUAUGUUUACAUUUUGAGGGAGGCCUAUAGAGGCAACAAUUCCUUUUGAGUUUUGAAAUUCAACAAUGGAGUUUCUGAAUAGCCUAACUUAUUUGUGCAAUGAAUGCACUGACUGGUGUGGAGUCCUAUUUGGCUGAGACAGCAAUAGAGGGCAGGGGAGCAAGAGAGACAGUGACUGUAGCGUGUGCUGGUGUGUUGCUGGUGCCCACUGGGUAUUCAUUUGGCGGCUGCCCUGCCUGUUACAUUGUCUGGUGUUUUAAGGCCCGUUCAGCGCUCCUCCACUCCACAGGUCGCACUGGUACAUCUCACCUUACUGCUCACUUAUAAAGGCCACUGCAGGGUGAAACAGGGUUGGGGAAAACUCCCAUUGUAGGCCAAAUAAUCGUGUUCAUGCCCCUCAAUAGAGUGGACAUUCAUUAAUGAGGUGUUUUGUGUAAACAAAGUUAAAGGAAAGAAAACCCUGUUUCUUGUUAUUCAGGAGUGGAAAUAUGCUCAAGGGCCUUGCGUUAUCAUUUUAGCGUAUCAUUUUGGCACGUUAGAAAAACUGCUGUAAACUGCAGUCAAACUUUUACAAAAGCGGUCUUGUCUUUGGCAAGAGAAAGCAAAACAUAGCAGCUUAGGGUUUUAUUACUAUAUCCUUAUGUUGUAAAAUAAUGUAAAGUUCACUGCCAUGAAGUCAACUUCUACAUGUCAGACUGUAAACCCUUCUGUAAACAAUGACACAUCAAAUCAAUACUAAAACAAGGUUGAGGGCUAUAAAUGCACUUUGACAUUAUUUCAUGGCUACAGCCUAUUUCGUUUUUAAGUCGAACAAUAGGCCUAGGUAGCCUGGCUGAUACGGCUCACAUGGUCAGAGAGGGAGCGCUCACACUGGUGUGGACAGGAGGCUGUUGUGAAUGCAGGAUUUGCGCAGAGUUGUGCUUAAUUAUUGCUGAGUUUUGAUUGGUUCUGAAAUUGUUUUUGUUGUUGUGGGGGGUUGAGACCUCACAUUGUUUGUGUUUGAAAAUCCAACAGUUGUAUUGGAAGGGGGCGUCGCUCAGGGGCUGUAUGUGGCUGUCCAUGUGGGUUUUUGCGUGAGAAAGACACAGAGAACUAAUAAUUAAAAAAGCACAUCCCCCUUCAUUAUCAACGCAUUGUGCUGACAACGUCAAGAGCUUUUCCAGACUCUGAAGUCAGGAGGACUUUGAGUUAGGUGUCAGCCAGACUAAAGCAUAGGUGCAUCCAAUCGGGUGUUCUAAUAUCCACAACAUUCUAUAACACCACAGAACUCUAAAUUCAUUCUAGAUUCUGACACAGUCCAAAUUGUUGUUGUUUACAGUUCUAGUUGAGUUCUUGGUCUCUUUCUAGAAUAUUCUAGUAGUUGUAGUUCAUUGCUUGUGCAAUCCCUCCCUGUGAGGAGGAAACAGAGCGCAGUGUGCUGUGGCGCAAGCUGCCAAGGACACGUGGCGUGUAUUAUCAGUUGCCUUUCUGCAGAGCUGGCUCUUUUUCCACACAAUAACGCCCCCAGAACCUUUUCAACUUGUAGACAUGAUGUUGUACACGGUUUUGUCUUGCCUAUUGGAUGUUUUUGUGGUUAACUAGGCAAUAAUGGUUUAGGCAAGUCCUGUCUAAUGGAGAGAUAUUGUUAGAAAUUGAAAACCGGUCAAGGUGUGGAGAUAUGCUAGAAGCAAAAUAUAACGCGAACAACUUCUAUAUUUAAAGGUUUAAUAGACAGAGAUAUGCAUAUGGGAAGACAGCCUUUCUCAAACUUGUUUGUCCCCAGAGGAAGAAGGCAUUUUGAAAUGUACUUUUUCUUUAUAAUUUUUUGUACUCAAUUUAAUGAAUUAUGUAUUUACUUGGCUUCCUUCAUGGUUUGUCUAUCUGUCUGUGUUGUACUCAUGGGCAGUGUCACUCUCUCACUGUGCUUUGUUAAUGGGCUGUCUUCAGGGUCUGUCUGUCUGUAAAUGACAAAACAAUAAAAAUAUAAUUUAGUCAUUAUACACAGUCACAUUACCUGUGCAGUCAAUAAAAACAAUGUAACAACUGAAUGUUAUUUGUUUAUAAAGAAUCUUUCAUUCUAUUGAUAUACAGUGCAUUCAGAAAGUAUUCAGAUCCCUUGAUUUUUUUCUCUCCACAUUUUGUUACGUUACAGCCUUAUUCUAAAAUGGAUUAAAUCGUUUUUUCCCCUCAUCAAUCUACACACAAUACCCAUAAUGCAAAUGUAUAAUACCAAAAAAAAGUACUUAUUUACAUAAGUCUUCAGACCCUUUGCUAUGAGGAUCAAAAUUGAGCUUAGGUGCAUCCUGUUUCCAUUGAUUGGACAUGAUUUGGAAAGUCACACACUUGUCUGUAUAAGGUCCCACAGUUGACAGUGCAUGUCAGAUUAAAAACCAAGCCAUGAGGUCGAAGGAGUUGUCCGUAGCGCUCCGAGACAGGAUUGUGUCGAGGCACAGAUCUGGGGAAGGGUACCAUACAUUUCUGCAGCAUUGAAGAACACCGUGGCCUCCAUCAUUCUUAAAUGGAAGAAGUUUGGAACCACCAAGACUCUUCCUAGAGCUGGCUGCCCGGCCAAACUGAGCAAUCGGGGGAGAAGGACCUUGGUCGGGAGGUGACCAAGAACCCAAUGGUCACUCUGACAGAGCUCCAGAGUUCCUCUGUGGAGAUGGGAGAAGCUUCCAGAAGGACAACCAUCUCUGCAGCACUCCACCAAUUAGGCCUUUAUGGUAGAGUGGCCAGAAGGAAGCCACUCCUCAGUAAAAGGCACAUGACAGCCCGCUUGGAGUUUGCCAAAAGGCACCCAAAGGACUCUCAGACCAACCAAGAUUGAACUCUUUGUCCUGAAUGCCAAGCGUCACGUCUGGAGGAAACCUGGCAGCAUCCUUACGGCGGAGCAUGGUGGUGGCAGCAUCAUGCUGUGGGGAUGUUUUUCAGCGGCAGGGACUGGGAGACUAGUCAGGAUCAAGGGAAAGAUGACCGGAGCAAAGUACAGAGAGAUCCUUGAUGAAAACCUGCUCCAGAGUGCACAGGAACCUCAGACUGGGGCGAAGGUUCACCUUCCAACAGGACAACGACCCUAAGUACACAGCCAAGACAAUGCUGGAGUGUCUUCAGGACAAGUCUCUGAAUGUCCUUGAGUGGCCCAGCCAGAGCCCGGACUUGAACCCGAUCGAACAUCUCUGGAGAGACCUGAAAAUAGCUGUGCAGCGACGCUCCCCAUCCAACCUGACAGAGCUUGAUAGGAUCUGCAGAGAAGAUUGGGAGAAACUCCCCAAAUACAGGUGUGCCAAACUUGUAGCGUCAUACCCAAGAAGACUCAAGGCUGUAAUCGCUGCCAAAGGUGCUUCAACAAUGUACUGAGUAAAGGGUCUAAAUACUUAUGUAAAUGUGAUAUUUCAGUUUUUUAUUUUUAAUACAUUUCUAAACAUUUCUAAAAACCAGUUUUUGCUUUGUCAUUGUGUGUGGAUUGAUGAGGGGGGGGGGGGGGAACGAUUUAAUCCAUUUUAGAAUAAGCGGUCUGAAUACUUUCCGAAUGCACCGUAUCCCAUCAUAGUUCAGCGCAUUGCGCAAGUAGGCCUACGACAAGUAUUUAUUUGAUUAAAAAAUGCCGCAGACCGGCAAGCAUUCCUCCACAGACCAGGGUUUGAGAAAGGCUGCUCUAAGAAGUUCGCAGCAGAUCUCUCUCCCUCCAGCGGGGAGUGCAGACCUAAAUAGUCCUCCUUAUCUGUUCGUUGUCUCAUCCUUCCCUGCCCUGGGUCAAAACAUUAAAUCAAGGCUGAGACCUAGAGGUUCAAUAGACUAUACAUUUGGCUGAUUUUAUGGCUCAAGGGCCCAGAUAUCAGUUACUAAGACCUACUUUAUGGUGACCUCUGUCCUUAGAGAGGGUACCUGGAGGCCAAAUUCCAAUAGGGAAUAAUCAUCAUAAUAUUGUUCUUAACAAUAUGAUGAAACUCAUGGAACAUGUUAGCCAACCCUCUCACCACUUUAGACUGCAUAUAUCACUCAGUGCUCUCCUCCUGUAUGUGCGUAAUUGUUUUAGCUGUUUGGCACCUGGAUCAAUUUAAUUCAGGUGCGUUACAUUAACAAGUAAUGUGAUCAUCGCACUGUCGGCCUACAUGUAACUCACCUUUCUCCCUCUCCUUUCCCUGUCCUCCCUUUCUGUUCCUUCUUUUCUUUCUGACCUCUCCAUCUCUCUCCCCGUCUUUCCACAUUACCCCUCUCCUUCCUGUCUUUCUAUCCCACUCUCCAGCGGUGGGGAAGGCUCCAACGGAGCAGUCCCUCAGCGUUUGUCGCGGCAGAACAGCGAGGGGGGAACAGUGGUGCCAGUGGGCGAGCCCAGGGAGCACACCAUCGACUGUGGUGACAUCGUGUGGGGCCUGGCCUUCGGCUCGUCUGUGCCAGAGAAGCAGAGUCGCUGUGUCAACAUCGAGUGGCACCGUUUCAAGUUCGGUCAGGACCAGCUGCUGCUUGCCACGGGCCUCAACAACGGACGCAUUAAGAUCUGGGACGUCUAUACUGGUGAGAACCUGAUUAAACAUAAACAUCACAACCAGCUACCUGCUGGUGACGGCUAUGAGAAGGUCACUGCUGGUGACUUUUUAAAAGGACAUUGUACUCCAAAAUGAAUGAAAAUGUAAUUAAGUUGACACCAUCUGAAAUAUAGUUUCCCCUUCAAAAGCAUUAUAACCUAUAGCCCAGCUGAGCAGCAUAGCGGUUUUAAAUAAAUAGGCUGAAGCAUGGGGUUGCCCAUCUGCAUUUACCUCAUUGAAAAAAGAAAGAAAAAAAACUCUGAAUGCAUUAAAUGCUACAAAUAUACUUUAACUUGUCACUCCAGGGUUUUUUUCUGGAUCAAAAUUGGGCUUAGUAUUUACAGGCCCUCCUCUUGGCUGCAGAUUUUUUGUUGUUGUUGCUGUUUUAAAGCUACUUUCCUGCAAUUCUACACAUUUUGCCAUGGUUUAUGUUGUUUUCUUAUGCUAUCUGAGUGACUCAAACUUUAUAACAAAGUCAAUGGGGGCCCCAUGCCAUGAUAUGUAGUUUUAUUUUGGUGAUUGUUAGUUCUCAAAGAUGAUCUUAUAAAAAAAUAUAUCGGUCCACUAUCUUUUCUACAUACUUUUUGAAGUGGCGGCAACGAUUUAAAUGAAUAUAGAGGGAACACUGGCUGUGGAUCAUACGCCUGAUUCCAGUGACAUCAACCGUUGCACAGAUGCAGGAUUUUUAGGGGAUCUUUUUAGCAGCCAGUCAUUAAAGAGAGUAGAUUUAUCCCGGUAGGGUUACAUAAGCCUUCCUGAUGCACACAGGGCUAUAAAAUGAGUUUUUUUCUAAUAGAACAGCCAAGAGAAUGUUCAUUGUUCUGUUCCAGAAGUGAAACAAGGUCGCCAUGCCAUUCUGCCCAUCUCAUCUACCCACCCACCUCUAGCUGGCAUCCUGUUUUAUGGUCUGUGUGUUGGAGACAGUCACGUGUUGAUGUUCGUUUUAGCCCUGCUGGUUGUCUGCUUCCUCUCCUGCUCCCAGAUUUUUUUUUUACUGACACACCUGAUUGAUGAUGCUUGCCCACGGCCCCUCUCUCGCUGCUGCCAACACAGUGCUGACGUCACAACCCUGCCAGGCUCCCCGCUCUCCUAGACUCAUUGGUUCUCUCUCCCACUCUCUUUCCCUCACACACCUACAUACAGGGCCCUUUAAACCUGCCUUUGAAAUGUAUCUACCAGAAACACUGUAUACGUUAAUGCCUACGUAUGUACAAAGGACAAAUAGAAUGCCCUAGUCAAAGUAUUUGGCUAACUUCUGUGUGGAUAAAUAGUCAUCUCCACAGAGUAUGUCUUGUUUGGACUUGAUUGGUGGGAGGGUGUGUACAGGAAUACCACCUUGACAGCCAAUGAUUUACACUUACCCGCCAGCUGUGCUGUGUUGCAAUUGGGUGGAGGUAUAGUUGUCAGGGGCCGGUCCCAGAGCCAUGUUGUCAUUGACUGAUGAGCUUCUGUAACCGGAAUACUGUGGUCUGGUGUGAGUUGUGACAUUCAACAUAAAAAUAAAAUAUAGAUUUUUUUUAAAUUAAGAAUGUCACAACACCAGACCAGUAGCCCAGGAAUGAAUAGUUAGAGUUUUCCCCUCUGGCCCCCUAUGGAGGACAGAAAACAGCCUGGAGACCAUAGACAGUCAGGGGAUAAAGUCAACUGAAGAUCUGGAUUGAUUUCAGAAUGUCAAACGAUCCCUGAGCCAGGAUUUAAAUAUAUAAACUGUUUCAAAAUUUACGUUUUGUGUGUGUGUGUGUAUAUAUAUAUAUAUAUAUAUUCCCCUAACCCUACCACCCCUCCCCUAAUUGCAGUAAACUAAUGGACACCACUUAGGGUGUUAUUGGGAUAACUAUUAUAAUAGAUUAUUAUACCCCAAUUUUGGAGUUGGCUGACUGUUGGCAGACUAUUUGAGAAUAACUAUAUAUUUGAAAUAGAGCUUUCCAGGGCUCUAACUCGUCAGAUAAAGAGAAAAGAAAGCUCAGGUGGUGGGACUAGUUGUUACAUGGAGAAUUCAUGUGACAGCCCUCUUUCUUUUCCCCUCUUAAAUUCUUCUGUUUCUUUUCUCUACUCAAUCUCUCUCUACUCUUUUUCUGUGCUUCUGUAUAAACUGACAGCGCUCUCGUUACUUUUCACAUGGGUGUGGCACCCACACUAUUCUACACCCUUUCCCAUAGAGGGAAUAAAUUUUUUAAAAAUGCAGCUCUGUGGCAUUUUAAUCCAGAAAUCAUGACAAAUUCCCCAAGACUGUGUAAACAGAGGUGGUGGAGUUGACCUAGAGUAACUUGUCUGUGCUGUGUACCUCAUUAGCUUUAUUAUUAACUCUGGGGUUGUUUGCCUUUACAGGAAAGUUGUUGCUGAAUCUCAUGGACCAUACAGAUAUAGUGCGAGACCUGACUUUCGCCCCUGACGGCAGCCUCAUGCUGGUAUCGUCAUCCAGAGACAAAACUCUGAGGGUCUGGGACCUGAAAGAUGACGGUAAGAACACUGAGCGCUGAGGACCUUUUUGAUUUAGUUUGACCGUUUUUCACCGUUAACAUGCAAUUAUUUUUUUGGUUUGAGAUUUGUACAGCUGUGCUAGCAAGCCACAUUGAUCUGUUGAGGUCGAGAUUAUUAUGAUCCAUGCAGAUGUCGUUUUUGUGUUUUGAGAUAAUACACAUCCACAAACAUUAAGAUGAAGAAGUAGGUAGCAUGUGAUGAGUUGCCUUUGUUCCAGUGGAAUUUGCUACUGCUGCUGGCGGUUCCACCUUGAAAGGCCCCAACCCCCUGCAUGCAUUCUAAGCUCACAUGAGCAGAGAAUAAUGUUAAAAUUGGGCCCAGGUCCAAUGAGGUCUCCUGAAUAAAAGCCUAGGAGGGGGCAUAGCCAUGGCAUGGUCUGACCUACUUUCUCCUCUAUUGACCAAAACAGUCCUGUAUCCAGUGAUUGAUAAAGGUCAGAUCACCACUAACACCUCUUUUAUCUGUGAUUCAGUGUUUUCAAAUGACGCAAUCAACAUACACAAGCAGUAGGAUUUUAUACAGUCUUUGUAACUUGAAACACCACAAGGCUAGUCUCCAGAGCCUAAUUGGAAAAACCUAAAUGUUACAAGUUAAGCCUAGGGCUGUAACGGUGACCGUAUUACCGCCACACCAGCGGGCACGAGUCAUGGCGGCAGUCAAAUUCCACUUGACCAUUUAGUCACGGUAAUUAUGCUUCUCCAAGCUCUGAUGCUGCUGAUGGUCAUUAGUAGCCUACCAAACUUGCUAACUGCCUGGUACUCAGCACUCUCUUGUUUACAUUUUACAUUUUAGUCAUUUAGCAGACGUUCUUAUCCAGAGCGACUUACAGUUAGUGACUGCAUACAUUUUUCAUACUGGCCCCCCGUGGGAAACGAACCCACAACUCUGGCGUUGCAAGCGCCAUGCUCUACCAACUGAGCUACAGCGGACCUAAUUGUCCCUCUAAUCACUCUGACAUCAAUGCAAAUGGAUUCGAAAAUCUAAUUUACAUUUUAGUCAUUUAGCAGACGCUCUUAUCCAGAGCGACUUGCAGUUAGUGAUAGCAUACAUUCAUGUUGCACAACAUUUCUAUAGGCUAUGCAAUAGCGUGAGAAAACAGAGUGAUGGCCUCUAUUUAAAAAAGGAGGAUCCCACCAGCUUUCUAUAGGCUAGGCCUACUAUAAUUAUUCCUCAACUUCUCUAAUAUUAAUAAGCACAUUGCUUCACUUUACAACCGGAGUAUAGCCUACCUGGCUGGUAUGAAAAUGAGCCAUGGGAAACGCGUCCUCCAUUCGCUAUUUAAGUGCAUAGAUUACAUGUAUUUUUUUCCGCUGCCUCUGUUUCGAGACAGAAGCAUGAUAUUGGUCCAUUCUAAAUAAAAAAUAAAAAAUCACACAUAUAUAUAGUAUUUAGUAUAUGUAAAAACAAGAUGAAAUCAAGAAUAGUCUGAUGAGUGACAAUAUUAGCCUUUCACUUGUGAAUGAUGCCCAGCUUAAGGCAAGAAACAUCGCAUGCCUUUUUUGGCUACUUUUUCUAAUCAUAGUUGCACACCUCAUGUAGCCUAGCCCAUAGGCCUGUAUGUUUUGAUAAGGUUUGUAUCACAACUAAAGUGGCCAAAUAACGUCUUAAAAUGAAGCACAUUAAUCCGCUUUACAACGGGUGUAGCGCCUAACUGGCAUACUAUACGCAGCGGUUGAGUUUGAAGUUUGGGGAAGAUAAUUUUCAACUUAAAAAUGCAUCUUUAUAAUAAAAGCAUUACAUGCAUAAUUGCAUUUGUGGUCACUUUUGAGAAUGGUGUUUUCCUGCUAAUGGAACAUUCACGCGUAUAGCCUACUGCCGUGUGCGCAUUGCUGCGCUUAUAAUGUGAAGAAAUAGCCUAAUAAUUUAUGAACAUUUUAAGAUAAACGUUCUCAUCUCCCAUGGGCGGCGCACAAUUGGUCCAGCGUCGUCCAAGGUAGGGGAGGGUUUGGCCGGCAGGGAUGUGGGUUCGUUUCCCACGGGGGGCCAGUAUGAAAAAAACAACAACAAAAAACAUGUAUGCGUUCAUUAACUGUAAGCGUCUGCUAAAAUGACUAAAAUGUAUUAAAAAAAAUUAGAUUGGCAUAGGGUAGUGCUUUUGUUGUUCAUUAGGCUUGAUGGCUGACGAAAAGUAAAUGUGGACAGUUCUUCCAAUAUCUUCCAUAUGCACCUUGGAAUUGGAUAAGGACUCCCGCAGUUGCAUCUCCGAUGUGUCUGUCUUCACUUGUAGCCUGUGACAAAGACCCGAUCACGUGAUGGAGAACUAUGUGAGUGAGAGGUGCUUCGGCUUGCAGCCAAGAGAAGGGAAUUAUAAUUAUUAAAUUCAGCCCAAGGGCACAACGGCCACUGGCCGCGAAAGGAAUGGAUUUUCUUAGGUGGCAUUACGGCCAUACAAAGGGGAUGCAGCUGGGAAAUUGAUGCAGCUGGGAAAUUGCUUGUGAAAUUGGGAAUGAGAGACUGAUGAAGUUUGUACAGCCUGCCAAAAAACAAAGCAGAGCUCAUGCCUUUCAUGCAACUUUUUUCAAAUCAUCAUUAGAGUCGCAUCAUGCAGCCUUAGAAUGUAUAAAAAAUCAAAACAUAUAGCCCAGCAUUUGUAUCAACUAAAGUUACAUAAAUAACUCUAAAUUAAGCAUAUAGGAGUGAGUACCUGUUUCUUUGUUAACCGCUCAACACAGAAUAGCUGCAUAUGCUCACUCCCUCAAAUCGUUUGGAGAAAAUAUCCUUUCUAUUUUAUUCAGCCAUGUUCAAUAAUGACACAGAAUUCUAAGCAAAUCUUGUCUGCUAAAUUAACUACUGUAGCCCACAGCUAUACAGUGAGGGAAAAAAGUAUUUGAUUUUGUACGUUUGCCCACUGACAAAGAAAUGAUCCGUCUAUAAUUUUAAUGGUAGGUUUAUUUGAACAGUGAGAGACUGAAUAACAACAAAAAAAUCCAGGAAAAACACAUGUCAAAAAUGUUAUAAAUUGAUUUGCAUUUUAAUGAGGGAAAUAACUAUUUGACCCCCUCUCAAUCAGAAAGAUUUCUGGCUCCCAGGUGUCUUUUAUACAGGUAACGAGCUGAGAUUAGGAGCACACUCUUAAAGGGAGUGCUCCUAAUCUCAGCUUGUUACCUGUAUAAAAUACACCUGUCCACAGAAGCAAUCAAUCAAUCAGAUUCCAAACUCUCCCCCAUGUCCAAGACCAAAGAGCUCUCCAAGGUUUGUAGACCUACACAAGGCUGGAAUGGGCUACAAGACCAUCGGCAAGCAGCUUGGUGAGAAGGUGACAACAGUUGGUGCGAUUAUUCGCAAAUGGAACACAAUUGGUUAUUCACAAUUGGUAACACACUACGCCGUGAAGGACUGAAAUCCUGCAGCGCCCGCAAGGUCCCCCUGCUCAAGAAAGCACAUAUACAGGCCCGUCUGAAGUUUGCCAAUGAACAUCUGAAUGAUUCAGAGGAGAACUGGGUGAAAGUGUUGUGGUCAGAUGAGACCAAAAUCGAGCUCUUUCGCAUCAACUCAACUCAACAUUAUGCUUUGGGGGUGAUUUUCUGCUAAGGGGACAGGACAACUUCACCGCAUCAAAGGGACGAUGGACGUGGCCAUGUACCGUCAGAUCUUGGGUGAGAACCUCCUUCCCUCAGCCAGGGCAUUGAAAAUGGGUCGUGGAUGGGUAUUCCAGCAUGACAAUGACCCAAAACACACGGCCAAGGCAACAAAGGAGUGGCUCAAGAAUAAGCACAUUAAGGUCCUGGAGUGGCCUAGCCAGUCUCCAGACCUUAAUCCCAUAGAAAAUCUGUGGAGGGAGCUGAAGGUUCGAGUUGCCAAACGUCAGCCUCAACCUUAAUGACUUGGAGAAGAUCUGUAAAGAGGAGUGGGACAAAAUCCCUCCUGAGAUGUGUGCAAACCUGGUGGCCAACUACAAGAAACGUCUGACCUCUGUGAUUGCCAACAAGGGUUUUGCCACCAAGUACUAAGUCAUGUUUUGCAGAGGGGUCAAAUACUUAUUUCCCUCAUUAAAAUGCAAAUCAAUUUAUAACAUUUUUGACAUGCGUUUUUCUGGAUUUUUUUGUUGUUAGUCUGUCUCUCACUGUUCAAAUAAACCUACCAUUAAAAUUAAAUUAUAGACUGAUCAUGUCUUUGUCAGUGGGCAAACGUACAAAAUCAGCAGGGGAUCAAAUACUUUUUCCCCUCACUGUAUGGCAUAGCCAGAUCAGGGCCUAACAUAAGGACAACUCACGAGUAUGCUGUUAUUUUCUUCUGUAAUAGACUACAUUUUCUCAUCAUGUUUCUUUAGAUCUGUCUAAUAUAAAUCAUGGAUUUAUCGUGACGGUCUAGGCUGUAGUGCAUGGAUUUUAGACUUUUUAAAAAAUGUAGAUGUUCCAAAGAUCUGCAUCAGUGUCAUGUUGGCUAUGCGUGGAAGCCAGGAGAUGCUAAAUGUUUUUGUUAAUUAAUGGUCAAUUACUGUGAGACCGGCAGUUAUUUGCUUGACAAUCACCGGCUGACAAAAUGUCAUGACCGCCACAGCCCUAGUUAAGCCCAUUAAUUAAAAUAGGCAAAUUAUCCCUAUUGAAAUUCUGCAGAAAAUCCAGUAAACUUUGGAAACAUAAUCAGCAGAGUUUUGUUAUACUGUUACUUCACCACAAUAAUUUCUUAAAGCUAAUAUUUUGUUUUAAUUUUUCCAUCACAUGUACACGUCAUAACAUGCUGUGUUUCUGUGUUGUAGGUAACAUGGUGAAAGUGUUGCGAGGUCAUCAGAACUGGGUCUAUUGCAGCGCAUUCUCACCAGACUCCUCAGUCCUCUGCUCUGUCGGAGCCGGUAAAUCGGUACGUACACCUGUUCCCCUUUCUCUCCCUUUUGAGAUGAACUGCUACUCUGUGUGCUAUUGCUUGUGCCUAGUUAUGCUCAAUGACCUACCAAUGAAACACUCCCACCUUCCCCAAUCCCCUCAACUGAAUCUUGACUGUUAUGCUUGGUGUCAUGACCUGUUCAACAACCCUGCCUGUAGUUGGGUUUGGUUUGGCUUUAAGUUGAAACAGCUUUGGUAUUAUAAUAUGCAUUUAGACUAAACAAAUGAUCACACAUGUUUGUAAUAGUUCCAGUAUUUAUCCUCUCUACAAUCCAACUCCCAAUCUAAACUGUUCAUUUGAUGUUUUAGAAUGGGGGAUACAGAUUGCUAUGCUUUAUUUAAUGACCUUUUAACCUCAAUGCAGACCAAAAUCAUUCAAAGAAAUGUUCUAAAGAUUUUUGGAUUCCCCUUUUGAUACAAUCUGCUUUAUUAAGGAGAAAAUUAGAUGGUUAAGUGGUGUAGUCCCCAAGAUGGCUGCCCAGCCAGUGAGGGAUCAGACCCCAAUGACUUCAGUCACAGAUACACACUUUGCAACAACCUCAUAAACAUGCUAGUAGUUAGUUACUGUAGCCAGUUCCAUCCUCCUUGUGCAGGGUGCAGCUAGAUUGUUGUUAGGCUGUUUGUGUCCAUAAGUGUCUUGCUUUCCCUGUCACAGGUGGCAGGUGUGUGAGUGUUUUUGAAGGGAGGGAGCGCCGCGCUGACAUAAAGCAGCCGGUGCAGACCACUGGCUGGUGGCACCACUGCCACUACUACUGCCGGGCUGGGACGCACUGUGCCCCUGCCCAGGGGGCAGGGCAGCCUUGCACCUACCUGACCGCAAGGUCUCCAUUACGUAGGUGCUGCUGUCUCCAUGUUUGUCUACCUCCGCUGUCGCAGUUUUUAUAUCAGUUAGAAAACUUUGAUUUUAAAUGGCAGUAAAGUAAACCCUUUCCCACCCACACGGUCCCUUACCCCUCUCCCUUACCCCUCUCCUUCACCUCCUUACUGUCCCUCCCUCCCUAUCUCACCCCCACUCCCAACUGUACUUAAUUAGAAACCCUAUCUAUUAUAGCACACCUUAACUGACAUUUUGUUAGGUUUGUAGUUUUUUGUCAGUUCAAUGUCAGUAUUGCCCACCCACAGUCUAACUUGUAUGAAUUACAUUAUGUUUAUUUGUCUCUCCAUAAUGAGGCUGUUAGCAUCAGUUACUGUAGUUUGAUAGCCUUAGUUCUCCCUCAUCCUCCUGACUUCUCUCCUGGGGCCCACGUUUAAGGGCCAGUCUGCACGCCCGUCUGGGCUGUGGCUGCCCCGCUCAGCCCCUUUUGUAAUGGAGUUAGUGUGCAGGGGUCAGGUCAUUGUUGGCGUAAAUGAGAAUUGAAAGGACUCUCAUGUGGCUUCGCAGACUGCCUUCAUCCCCAUAAAUGUCUGCCUUUGUCCCAAACACUCUACCAAAAUGAAUAUGGACAAUGUUGGAGUCGAAAAAAACAUAAUGUAACUUAGUGAAUUCCCUGUUGCCUCAUAAUUGGCCAUAGGGCAGUAUUUUCCUCAUUCGACUCCCCCACGGAAAUGUCCCACUUUGAUUAGCAUUCGCAUGCUUUUCUGUUAAAACAGAUGGAGAGGACAAACGGUCAAUGAUUUUCUGUGACCAUAGUGGGAGAGGAAGAACAGUCAGUAUGACUGAAAACCAAAACGCAUGCUCGUCAUAGCACUGAAAACCAAUCCUCACCCAAAAUUCAAACAAAACUACCAAUCCAUUCGAACUGAACUCUUAAUUGCUUGAACAGAAACUUUUUAAAAAGAACUGAGCCUCACUAAAAACACCACACAAAACAAAGGAGGCAACUGUAACUGUGUGCCAUUUUGGAGCAGAUUUUCCUCAUACAGUCACUGGCAGCUGCCUUUCUUAUAAACUGUAGAGCGGUGCAGCUUGCCUAAAAUGCAGGCAGUAGCCUCAUGCGUUGGGUUCCUUUCAUUUCACACUAACGCUAGAGGAGGGAGUAGGAGAACAUUAUGAACUGAAGUAGUGCCCAGAAACCAUUGACAUUGACUUGAUUGUGGAAUGGCAUUUAUCUACUUUAGCGGACAUGUUGCACCUUUGCUCAAGUGCAAUGUUUGCAGAACUCCUUGUUACGAUUUGAAUAGGCCUAUACAAUCUUGUUUUGGUUCUGAAAGUUACAACGAAAUUCAACAUCACUGUUAAAUUUAAUUAGAUUUGCUCGGUUCUGGUGAAUUUAAAGUUUUAACAAACGACAAGGCAUGUUUCUCUUGAGCAUGCAUUACAUUGCGCUGGAGCAAAGGAUCGUUCAAACCCAUAUGGCUGACUGUUGAAAACCGUGUGCAGAUGUUGCAAAUAUGUGUGUCCAAAGGCGUCAACCUUUUGGCCAUCAAAUGUUUUUUUCUCUUGCAGUAUGUCUCUUCGUAGGCUUCCGCCGGAGGUGCGAGCCUAUUGUAAUCACAGUGAACUAAACUCUGAAAGGGGAAACCAGUGGAGUAACAUUAUGUUACCUUAAGUUACUACUUGUUUUAUUUUUUCAUUUUUCUGUAGACUUAGUAUUAGUAUUAAGAAAACAUUGUAAUUAGGUAUUUAUGUUGUUUAAAUGCUACUAGCCUAUGUCAUAGAAAUGACAAUUUAUAUGGAGCACAAUUUUAGCAGCUAUGUUAAGAAACCAGAUGUGCAGUGACAUGCAUUUUGUAACAUAACAUAGCAUUGCUGCUUGAGUAGCAUGUGAUUUAUUUUGUGCAUUGUUUGGUCUGUAGUUCAACACAAGCCAUAAAAUGACACUGAGCAUAUAAUGAUUUUUCUGUUUAUUUCUUACUUUAUUUUUGUUGCUUAAUUUAACUACUUGUAAUUUACAUUCCGUCUGUUUUUAUGCUAGUAGUUUUUAAGUUAAGUGUUUUAAGUAGUGUUUAAAAUGCUUGUCCCUGCAUGGCGCUAUUCCGUGGGCUAUAACAUGGACCUCUUCCUUCUCUAGGUGUUCCUUUGGGAUAUGGAUAAAUAUUCCCUGAUCCGGAAGCUGGAGGGUCACCAUAACGACGUGGUGUCCUGUGAGUUCUCUCCCGAUGGAGCCUUGCUCGCCACCGCCUCCUACGACACCCGCGUCAUCAUCUGGGACCCCCACAUGGGCACUGUGCUAAUGGAGCUAGCGUAAGUCAGACACACACACACCAGGAACUAAGGCAAAGCAAUGACACAAUGAUGUUGUUAAGACCUUGUUAGUUUUUUUAGCUCUGUUUUUCUCUCCUUCAGGCACCUCUUCCCUCCCCCCUCGCCCAUCUUUGCAGGAGGGGCCAAUGAUCGCUGGGUACGCUCCGUAGCAUUCUGCCACGACGGGCGUCACAUCGCCAGCAUCACUGACGAUAGGUAAAGAACAAAGCCUGAGACCUGUGUCUGGUGAAUCAGAAGGGUCCUAUAAGGAAAAGCUCAGCUUUUUAAAAAAAUAGUUGAGAUUCUUAUAGCUAAUGUCCACUUGUUCCUUUCUCUAAGGCAUUCUCUUCUACCUCCGGUGUAGAGCAUGUGCUGGUGUAGAUUUGUAAUAUUUGAUGUUGGCCAUAGCUGCUUCACCACAUCCAUUUGCGCUGUCACGCUUCACAGUGUACACGGUAAACUGCGUACUCUCUCUCUCUGCUGAUGAAAAGUGUUAGUGUUUGAGAGAGAGAGAGACUCUUAAUGGGGUCUGAGUGAGAAUUGGGAAUUGGUCACAUGACCCUCAUGACAGCCAUUAAUCAACCGCUGACGACUUCUCUACUUAGCCCCGCCCUUCCCUUCGUUGGUUAGGCUGCUAAGUGUUUGCCAUUGAGAAGGCAGAGAGGAGGAACGAGCCUCACAAAAUGGCAGACUUUUUUUUUUCUUCUCAGCCACAUCUUCCAAGAUGAGAUUUUCAGAUAGGAUUGAAAUUGAACAGUUAGAUUUAAUUUGAAUAUUGAAAUAAAUGCUAAAGUAGGCUUCUUUGAUUUAGAAUUGACUUCACCCUUUUUUACUUUGAAAAUACAAAACCACUGUUGAAGUGGAACAAUAUGAAUGACUCCUACAGUUCAGGGUUCACGUGGUUGUCAUGUUUUUUUAUGCUCUAUUUCAGCCAGCUUGUUCCCAUGUGAUCUGUGUCUCACCAGCGCUCCUCUUGCUGUCUUUCUCCUUCUCUCUCCUACUUACCCACUAACUCAUUCUGUCCCUCCCUCUUUCCCCAGAAUGGUGCGUUUCUGGACCAUUGAUGAGAAGUCUCCCCAGGCCAUCGCUCCCCUCACUAACGGCCUCUGCUGUGCCUUCUCUACUGACGGGAGUUUCCUAGCAGCUGGGUGAGGCUACACACCUACCUACACCUCCCCGCCACACACACACCUACACCUCGCACAUACACACCCAUACCUCAGUCCGUUCAGAUACUCGGGGGAUGUAUCCCAUUUGAAUUGCACACACCCUAGUCUUUAGGCAAGUGGCAGGUGAUCAAUCAAGACUUUAUGUACUGCCAAAAACGGCUUUUCCGGCUUUUUGUUUGUAUGCUAUAGGAAGCGCAGCGGCCCCUAUAUGUUGAUGGUUACACCCAGGCUCCGGGUUAUCUUACAACAAUGCUUCAACCAGUUGACCAUGGCUACCUAGUACCUACCUUUCAGUGCUGUUGUGAGGGAUAGAUCGACAUGGAAAUAACUCUCUCGCCCCCCCCUCUCUCUCUCGCUCAGGUCUCGAGACGGCAGCGUGCAUUUCUGGGCGUGCCCAAAGAGCAUUGCCAGCCUGCAGCACUUGUGUCGCAUGGCACUACGACGGGUCAUGCCCACCCAGCAGGUGCAGACGCUGCCCAUCCCGCCGCGCAUACGCUCCUACCUGUCUUACCAAGAUCUCUAG